CUCAGAUAUAAAACAACUUUGUCAAAAAUCGGACCCUGUUAUUGUCACUAGAUAUUUAUUUUAUCAAUUGAUGUUAUCUCUAUCUCUCACUAACUUUAAAACCUGUCCAAAUGUAAUCUCAAAUGUAGGUUAACUGGUCACAAACAAUGGAUGGAUUAAUCAAAAUAUUAUUCCUGAAUUUGGUAUUGCUUUCGAGUACCAAUGCAAAGAUAACAUUUUUCAUCCACGUCGAUGAGGUGAAAAAUCCUCAAAACCUUGUGAAUGGCGGAGAUUGCUGUCAAGGGGCCAAUGGAAAUCUUUCAUGUCCGGAACUUUGCAAACCUCUAUUGAAAAUAUGUCUCAAAGACUCAUCGAAUAACUGUUUGAAUGAAGUGACCACGACUCUCCACAUGGAAUUGAAUGAUGUUGUUUACGGUUCAGUUAUUGGAAACACAACCAAUCCUCUGAUGCUUGAAGUUGAUCAUUGGGACAGCGAACAUGACCGGAUAUCCGUCGAGGUUUACGACAUGCAACAAUCAGGGCAAAAAUUACUGAUAAAACAGGAAAUUCAUGACAGAAAUCUUUUGAUUGGAGAAAAUAUAUUGUCACAGCACUGGAUUCAGAAGCUUUUACAAAACAACUAUUUCCUAAAUAAAAAUAUGUUUAGCAUCAAACUGACUUACAAAGCAUAUUGUUCCGAAGGAUACUAUGGAUCAUAUUGCAAUAUUCAUUGCCCUGGUAACAUAACAAAGUGUGUUAGGAAUGGUCAUACGUAUUGCAAAAUGGGUUGGACGGGUACAGAUUGCGAUGAAGAUGUAGACGAGUGCCAUGUACGAGCGUUUUGUGGACAUGGGAGCUGUACCAACACAGUCGGUAGUUUUCACUGCUCCUGUCCACCCUCUGUUUAUGGUAUCAAAUGUCAACUGGAUGAAGACGAAUGCCUUAAUAAAUCUUGCAACGGUGGCGUUUGCGUCAAUACAGCUGGGAGUUAUAAAUGUUUAUGCAAGCCGGGGAUGACAGGAAAAGAUUGCGAGGCUUUGAUGUCCACAGCAUGUCAUGCUCAAACUUGUCAUCAUCAUGGAACAUGUCAUGUAGUUGAUGGCCAUGCUGUGUGCUCUUGUUAUAAAGGAUUUCAUGGAACCGAUUGCUCAAUUCAUGACUACUGUGCAGAAAAUCCAUGUAAACACGGGGGAGUUUGCUCAUCUAACAAACACAGUUAUGUCUGUCAAUGUCCUCAUGGAUACAACGGAACACACUGCGAAAUUGUUGACUUUUGUUUAUACACACCGUGCUCAAAUUUCGGGAAUUGCACAAACACUGGGUCCGACUAUGUAUGCUCAUGUACUGAGGAAUAUUUUGGAAGAAACUGCGAUAUAAAAAAUUAUUGUUUUCGACAGACGUGCAAUACGAAUGGAAAAUGUAUUUCAAAUGGUACUGCUUACCGGUGUGAGUGCAAUAGGGGAUUUAUUGGCCCAAAUUGCGAAACAGUAGAUCCCUGCUUUCAGCAGACAUGCAGUGGGCAUGGGAGUUGUCAAAGAAAUGAAACAGGACAUUUUUGUAUUUGCAACAUAGGUUUUAGUGGUAGGAAUUGUGAUCAGAUUAAUUACUGUCAAUAUAACCCCUGUAAAUAUGGUCACUGUAAUAACAAUGGAUCAGGCUUUACAUGUAGCUGUAAAACGGGAUUUAGUGGCCCAAGCUGUAGCAAUAUUGAUUUCUGCCAUAACCAAACAUGUUCAAAUAAUGGAAUAUGUAUCAACGAGCAAUAUAGAUAUACCUGUAAAUGCAACAACAGUUAUUACGGAAAAAAUUGCGAACUGAUAAAUCAUUGUACCUCCAAUCCUUGCAUUCAUGGUGUGUGUGCUUCAAAUGUAUCUUCCUUUAUCUGCAAAUGUGAAGAUGGUUUUACUGGGAAUAAGUGUACUUUAGUUGAUUAUUGCUUCAAGCAAAAUUGCUCAUUCCAUGGUCGUUGCGUAAAUUACCCUCAGAAUUAUAGAUGUGAAUGCAAUGAAGGCUUCAUUGGCCAAAAUUGUGAAACAACAGACGUCUGCUUUGGAAAAACGUGCAAUGGUCAUGGUAUAUGUCACAGAGUCAUUGAAUCUUCCUAUCAAGACUUCACUUGCAAAUGUGACCCUGGAUGGUCAGGCUCAGAGUGUCAGUCGUUCAAUUAUUGUUACAAUAUAACUUGUUCCAGCCAUGGAAAAUGCUAUACAGGAAAUGAUGACUUUGUCUGCGUAUGCGAUUCUGGAUUCUCUGGGAAAUUUUGUAGUGAGACUCAUUUUUGUAAAGCAUCUUCUUGUGUUGCACCUUUUGUUUGCAAAGAAAGUCAUGAUGGGUAUAUGUGUGAGUGUCCAUUUGGAUUGGGAGGAGACAACUGUGACCGAAUUGACCAUUGUCUAAAACAACCUUGUGGGGACCAUGGAAUUUGUAAUGACACUAAUUCUGGAUAUACUUGCAAGUGCUACUCUGGAUGGACUGGUUUAAUAUGCUCUGAAAUAGAUUAUUGUGACAAUGACUUAUGCCAACACGGGGCUUUAUGUCGUAAUGGUAUGUUUAAUUAUACUUGUGAAUGCAAGAACGGUUUUUACGGAUCCUUAUGUGAAAAUGUUGAUCACUGUUAUAACACUUCUUGUCUCAACAAAGGAUCGUGCCAAAACCACCAAAAAUCGUUUACAUGCUCAUGUCCAAAUGAAUGGACUGGUCUACGCUGCGAAAAAGAAAAUAUUUGUUAUACAACAAAUCCUUGCGGUGACCAUGCUCACUGUUUCCAAGUGGACUUACAAGUAUCGUGUUCCUGCUUAGAGGGUUGGACGGGUACUAACUGCACAAUUAGGGACUACUGCUAUAAUAACCCUUGUGGUUCAAUGGGAACUUGUAACAACAUGGCGGAUGCUUAUUCCUGUUCUUGUGAUCCACAAUGGACGGGCACUCAUUGUGAAACUUAUGCAUGUGGGAAUAAUAAAUGUCUUCAUGGAUAUUGUCAUGCAGGAACAAAUGCUCUCUAUUUAUGCGACUGUGAUCCAGGCUGGAUAGGUAAAGAAUGUGAUACCAUAGAUCCAUGCAAAUCCUUUACUUGCGAGCAUGGUGGGCAAUGCAUAUCUUCUAUCAAUUCUCUAAUUGGUUCGAAUUACACUUCACCCGCAACUGUAUCAGGUGCAAGCGUCACGACGAAAGCUUAUUGCAAAUGUUCAAAAGGUUGGGAAGGAGAGAGAUGUCAAAGAGAUGUUGAUGAGUGCAAAUUGUCAUCUUGCAACGGACAUGGUACUUGUUUCAAUGAAGUCGGCGGAUAUUCAUGCCAAUGUGAUCAGGGGUUUAGCGGUGAAGAUUGCGAAAAAGAUAUUGACGAAUGCAGCUCUAAUCCAUGUCAUAACAACGCCACAUGUAUCGAUGGCGUCAAUAGUUACACUUGUUCAUGUUCUCCGUAUUUCUACGGAACUUCAUGCGACCAGGAUGUCAAUGAGUGUCAGUAUUUUGUUUGUGGGUUGCAUGGUUCAUGUGUUAAUACCUACGGAGAUUACAAUUGCAUGUGUUUACCAAGUUGGACUGGUCGUCAUUGCGAAAAUCACAUUAGUUCCUGCUCUUUGGACCCAUGUAAAAAUAACGCCACUUGUCAUGAUGUAGAAGAUACGUUCUUUUGUACCUGUGAUAAAAAGUUUACUGGUAGACAUUGCGAUGUUGACAUUAAUGAAUGUCAGACAACUUCACCAUGUAAGCACGGUGGAUCUUGUGUAAAUACAUACGGGUCUUUUGCCUGUAUUUGUCCAGCUGCUUGGACGGGAGAAUUGUGCGAAGUUGAUGUAGACGAAUGCAAAAAUAAUCCCUGUCCACAAAACACAACAUGCAUGAAUAAAGUAGGUGGUUUUGAAUGCAACGAUUGUUCCACUUUUCAGUGUUAUAAUGGCGGUACUUGCUUUAAUUCAAAUUCUGGACCUGUUUGUAAGUGUUUAGACGAUUGGACAAGUGAUGAUUGUCGACAAAGAAACUUUUGUAAAGAUAAUCCAUGUGGAUCACUUCAAAUAUGCAUCAAUACAAAAAAUGCAUAUACCUGUGAAUAUCAUGCUUGCAAGAGUGAUCCUUGCCAAAACAAAGGACAAUGUAUUGAAAGUGGAACUGACUAUUCUUGUCAAUGUAAAGCAGGAUGGACUGGAAAAUUCUGUGAGAUUAAAGAUUACUGUGUUAGUCAUGCUUGUGAAAACAAUGGAACCUGCGUCAACGGUAACUCAUCGUACAGUUGCAUCUGCUCAACCAACUGGUUUGGUAAACACUGCAAACUGUAUGACUUUUGUCAUUUGAAUCCUUGUACGAAUGGAGGACUAUGUCAAAAUAUGCUAGACUCAUAUUUUUGCCAAUGCCCGCUAGGAAGGGAAGGCAAACACUGUGAAUUGGAGGACUACUGUUACAGUUCUCCAUGCAGUAAUAAUGGCCUAUGCAUAAAUCAGAAUUCUUCGUUUGCAUGUUCCUGUCCCAACAAUUGGAAAGGUACGAGAUGCGAUGAGUACGACUUUUGCAACACAUCGCCUUGUCGGAACAAUGCUACCUGUCUAAAUGAACAAAGUUCAUUUUCGUGUUCUUGUUUAAGCGGAUAUUUGGGAAAAACAUGUGCCAUCCACGAUAUGUGUCUCUCUAGUCCAUGCCAAAACAACGGAACUUGUAUAAUGAACCAAAGUAGUUACGAAUGCAAGUGUCACGCAGGUUAUAUAGGAUAUCACUGUGAAAGUGACCAAAAUGAAUGCGCAAUGAACCUUUGUCCAGCAAAGUCAACAUGCUAUAACGAAGAUGGCGGGUAUACUUGCAUUUGGGAAAGAAGACGAAAAAGAUUUUCGACGUUUGAAAGUCUAAAACCAGGUGUCAUAGAGUUGCCUGCAUCGGAAGUCAGACGGGAUAUACAGAAAAGCAUUCAUAGAGCUAGAAGUGAAGUUCAGCGGAUAUAUUGUCUAUCUAAAGUAUCGCUGUUUGAGCCUCUAUCAUUGGCUUUGAAACGAAACCGACGCUUGUACUUGCAUUUCAAUAUUGCCUGCAAACAACAAAAGAAUUCCUACAAGGAAAUGAAAAAUUAAUUAUAAAUUCUGUAUCAGGGAUCUCCAAACGGUUUGCUGGAAAUAUUUUAAGACAAAAAGUUAAAGUAAAAGUUUGUCUGUUUUUUCAGAUGCGAUAUGGAAUAAAAUAAAUCAUGUUC